CUUCAUUCCUCCAAGAACUCGCCUCCAUACACAGCCGCACGAAAACCCAACAUGGACAGCCCCAGGCAAGAACAAUCUUCCGUGAAUGAACUCGAGUAUGCAGAUAUACUUGCACGCGUGAUGAUGCGGAACCGGACUGCGGAGAGAAUCUACAAUACCCACGUGAACAAGGCCAAGGAAGCACACAACCAGCCAGAAACUGCAAUCGUCAGAAAGGAGCAAGAGCAAGACCGCGAAAAAAGCACCACUCAAGAAGCAGAACAUCCCAAGCGUCCCGAACACUGCAUCCCAACCACUUCUACUCCAACAACACACCCUCAGCUUCAACCCGCUACGCACACCAAACAAUCUCCAUCGCAAAAGCGAAAAUCCGAGAACGACAGCCCCUUAAAACCCGAGGCAAAUAAAAAGGCCAGAACAAAUGCGAGCACGGGUGCUCCGAAGCAAGCAUCCUCACUCACCCACGGCGAAGUCGCAACCCAAUACCACCACGACCGCAUAUACGCUAAAUACGUGCCCCUUGACCAAUUCCUAUCAACCCUACCAGCCCACUUCUGGACAUCCGAGGAUCCUCAGGCUUUCUCCCGUGCAGAAUUCGAUCGCUGCAUGACAAAGCCAACCUUGGAAAAGCAGCUUCACGCCUCCACGGAAACGGGCCCGGGCCGCGGCGGCGAGAGCAGUACCAAGUCCACUGCGCAGUCCUCUUCCAGAAGCAAGGAGACUUUGCCUAGCCAGAGCAGUACUGUCGAAGAUCCGCGGAUGGGGACACUGUCGGAUGCUGUUAUUGAUGCGCGGGCGGUGCUGCAGCACAUGCGUGACAGUGUGAUAGAGUUGCGAGGGAAGGCGGCGGAGUUCCAACAACAGGCGGAGAGGUUGGAAAGGGAUAUAGUGAAGAUGGAGCGGAAGAUGGGGGAGAUCGAGGAAGGGGCUGGGUUGCCUGGCUUAGCGUGGGAGGAGUGAAGGAGCAUAGAUUGAAGAAGUCAUGAUUCCCGCCCUACGCUGAAGAAUCUCGGAUGGGGGUCGAUGAUGAGGGAGCUACGGUCCGAUUGGCAUACUGAGCAUCUCUAUAAAUAUAUCAGUAGAGAAAACGGAUUUAAAUGCUUGAAGG